UGUAGGUUACUCCACUAUAAUUUAUAUAAAAAUUUUAUUCAAUUGAUUGCCAUAAUUGGUUGUCUUUUGUCACUCCACGGCGACGAUGAACAAACAUUUCUCUCUCUGAAUUUUGUUUAUGCUUCCUUUCAUGCUCUAGGGUUUGAGCUUUUUCCUGAUUCUUAUUGUACCUUACUUUUCUCAUAGGGUUCAAAUGUGUAAGAGCUGUGAUGAAUCCGAGUGCCUCUGUCAGGCUUUGAGGCAAGAGACAGCUGAACUGCUAAUUGUUUCAGAUUGUUUCUUAGAAUGGAGAAUCCUAUUGAUUUUUUGGAUAGUCUUGAUCGCGAUAUGUCAAUGAAGAUUCUCAUGUGUUUGGAUGAUCUAUCUGACCUUGUUCGUGUUAGCUGUGUCUCACCGUCUUGGCGACAUCAUGUGAUUGAAAAUGGGCUCUGUAAGCAGCUGUGCUUGAGAAUGUUUCCGCAGUUAUCUAAAGUUGAUCAUGUAGUUGAACCAAGCUGCAGGUUGAAAGAGCCUGCUGAAGGUGAAUCUGAAAAUUUUGUGAAAGGGCAGAGUUCAGAGAGUGAGAAUAGAGUUUAUACCUUUUUAGCUCGAGGUUGUACAUCAUUUCCUGUCAGGGGAUUGAUUUUUGAGCCAAUCUAUGCUUCCAGCACUGAUAAUUAUCCAGAGGAAAGCAUUCACAAUACUCUGGAACCUAGCGAUAGAGUUGCUAGGAGAGCUUCAUACUGGUCAAGUAAAGGACAUAGCAAUCCUGCUGUGCCUGAGACACUGAUAUAUAAGUUGGUUGGUGAUCUGUGUGUUAUUUCUGAAAUCAACAUACAACCUUUCAAAGCUUAUUUUCAGUGGGGUCUACCCAUAUAUUCAGCCAGAGCUGUGAGAUUCCGAAUGGGUCAUGCCAAGUCUCCAAUAGAUGACCCAAUGGGUGAGGCAUCAAACGAUUCUACUGAUGAUAAAUUUGUAUGGACUUACACUUCACAAGAGUUUCCAAUGGCUCAGGAGAAUCGUUUGCAGAAAUUCAAGCUGCCAGAACCUGUUAUGUGCAUUGGUGGGAUUUUGAAGAUUGAGCUUUUGGGUAGGAUUCAGAAGCAAGAAAUGGAUGGCUUAUACUAUAUUUGUGUGUCUCAUGUUCAGAUUGUGGGACGAUCGUUGUCACCUACCUUUGGGGUUGAUAUUCUUGAGCCCUCCGGAAAAUUUGUGUUGAAGGUUAACAGUUAUACCAAACCCAGCGAAUGUGAAGAUUCGAGUGCCAAUCCUAGUGUAUCUUUGCGGAGGAGUGUGGCAGAUUUGGGACAGAUUAUAAACAUAUUGCGGGGAAACGUAUUUGAUGGGCCAGAAUAUGAAUGGGGCGAGGAGGAUGAUUCAGAUGAUGAGUUUCUUCCGUAAUAGCUGUUAUUUUAUAUAUAAAUUAAUAAUAUCUUUUGUUUUUGGACUAAAUAAUAUUUCAUCUGGAUUCUGGAGACGCAUUUACCAAGCCUCUCUAAUGAGAGUCGUGGGGCAGAAAUGUAUUUGGGUCUUUCUG